AAAGGAACAUGGCGUCUAUGCCAAAUUACAGGACCUGAGUUGCAGACAGGGAAUUAUACAUUUCAUAUUCAUUCCAUAUCUAAUUUCUGCACCAGUUCAACUAAUUUGCUGCACGAUGCAGAAGAUAAAGUCUCUAAUGGCCCGACAGGGUCUCAAAAGCCCACAGGAGAGCAUGACAGAUCUGAGCCCCGUUGAGAACUUCAGGAUUCCCAGCAAGGAGGAGCUGAGGGAGAUGAGGGAGCAGCCAGUGGACCCACAGGCCGAGCAGGAGAUCAUCAACAGCAUCGAGGAGGUCUACUUCUCCGGCGACUCCUUCGACAUGGUCCGGCACGAGCUGGAGAAACUCCCUCCGGAACUGAACCUUCAGGAACUGGAAGAGUACAGAGACAAACUGAAAGGGCAGCAAGCAGCGGUCUCCAAGAAGGUGGCAGACCUCAUCUUGGAGAAGCAGCCCUCCUACGUCAAGGAGCUGGAGCGAGUGACGUCGUUACAAACGAAUCUGCAGCUGGCAGCAGUGAUAUGCACCAACGCAAGAAGACAGCUUAGUCUUGCAAAGGAGGGCUUCACCGAAGCUAGUCUGGGGCUGCUGGCCAAUCAGAGAAGGAGACAGCUGCUGACCGGGCUGCUGAAGUCACUGAGGACCAUAAAGACUCUGCAAAGGACCGACGUGAGGCUGAGCGAGAUGUUGGAGGAGGAGGAUUAUCCAGGUGCAAUCCAGUUGUGCUUGGAAUGCCAGAAGGCCGCCAGCACAUUCAAACACUACAGCUGUAUAAGUGAGUUGAAUUCAAAGCUUCAGGACACCCUGGAACAAAUAGAGGAACAGCUGGACGUCGCCUUGUCGAAAACCUGCAAACACUUUGAUGUCACCCACUACACCAAAGUUCAGCUGGCGUAUACCCUCCUGGGAAAGACGCAAACCGCCAUGGACCAGCUGCACAUGCACUUCACCCAGGCCAUCCACAACACAGUGUUCCAGGUGGUUCUGGGAUAUGUGGAGCUCUGCGCUGGCAACGCCGACACCAAGUUCCAGAAGAUGCAGUACAAAGACCUGUGCACGCACAUCACUCCAGACAGCUACAUCCCGUGCCUGACUGAUCUGUGCAAGGCAUUGUGGGAAGUGAUGCUCAGCUACCAUCGGACCAUGCAGUGGCACGAGGAGCAUGACAAUGAGGAGGCGUCACCUGCACCAGACGGUAACGACACAGCGGGGUCGGACGAGUCCAACCGCAGCUACGUGAAGAAGAAGCUGGAACACGGGCUGACGAGGAUCUGGCAGGACGUCCAGCUGAAAGUGAAAGCCUAUUUGCUGGGAACGGAUAUGUCCAACUUCAAAUAUGACGACUUCAUCUUCGUGCUGGAUAUUAUCAGCAGGCUCAUGCAGGUGGGGGAGGAGUUCUGCGGCAGCAAGUCCGAGGUCCUGCAGGAGUCCGUCAAGAAGCAGAGCGUCAACUACUUCAAGAACUACCACAGGACCCGUCUGGAGGAGCUACGGAUGUUUCUGGAAAAUGAAACAUGGGAGCUGUGUCCUGUCAAGUCAAACUUCAACAUUGCACAACUCCAUGAGUUCAAAUUCAUGGGCCAGUCGCGGUCCCCGUCCGUAUCACCGAGCAGACAAGCCUCGGCUGCCAACGUUGCCGACACCUCCCUCUUCCAGCAGUACUACCAAGGAGGGAACCCUUUCGAGAUGCAGAUCGACAACAAGGAGGACGAGGCGGAGGAUGUGCUCGCCUCCAAUGGGUACGAGUCGGAUGAACUGGAGAAGAACGUCUACCAGGACUAUGACAGUGACAGCGACGUCCCCGAGGAGCUGAAGAGGGACUACGUGGAUGAGCAGACGGGAGACGUGCCUGUGAAGAGCGUGUCUCGAGAAACGCUAAGGAGCAGGAAGAAGUCAGACUACUGCCUUAAUAAGGUGAACGCCCCCAUCCUGACCAACACUACCUUGAAUGUAAUCAGGCUGGUUGGAAAGUACAUGCAGAUGAUGAACAUUCUGAAGCCCAUCGCCUUUGACGUCAUCCACUGCAUGUCCCAGCUUUUUGACUACUACCUGUACGCCGUCUACACAUUCUUUGGACGAAAUGAUAUGUAUGAAUCAUCGGGGCUGGGUCUGAUCAGCAGCAGGCUGCGGACGACACUCAACAGGAUCCAGGAGAGCCUCAUCGACAUGGAGGCCGCGGGGGAGAAUGCAGCCAGCCACGGGCCCUCAGAGGAGCGCAAGGAGAAGGUCCCCAGCCCCCACCUCAGCCAGCUGGUGGUGCUGACCGCCAGCGGCACGCUGUACGGCCUGGCCGAGAGGGUGGUGGCCACGGAGUCCCUGGCUUUUCUGGCGGAGCAGUUUGAGUUCCUGCAGCCCCACCUCGACACCAUGAUGCCUGCCGCCAAGAAGCCCUUCCUGCAGCAGUUCUACUCUCAGACGGUGUCUACCGCCAGCGAACUGCGCAAACCAAUCUACUGGAUCGUGGCGGCCAAAGCCAUAGAUUACGAACAGAUGUUGCUGCUCAUGGCAGGCGUUAAAUGGGACAUUAAAGAAAUAAUGUCACAGCAUAACGUAUACGUGGAUGUCCUUUUGAAGGAGUUCGAGCAGUUCAACAAGAGGCUGGGGGACGUGUCCAGACACGUCAGGAUUCCACUUCCUGUGUCCAACGUCCUGUGGGAGCACUGCAUCCGAUUGGCCAACCGGACUCUGGUGGAAGGCUACGCCAACGUGAAGAAGUGCAGCAACGAGGGCCGGGCUCUGAUGCAGCUGGACUUCCAGCAGUUCCUCAUGAAGCUGGAGAAGCUGACCGACAUCCGGCCCAUUCCCGACAAGGAGUUUGUGGAGACCUACAUUAAGGCUUACUACCUGACUGAGAACGACAUGGAACAGUUCAUCAAGAACCACAGGGAGUACUCCAUGAAGCAGCUGACGAACCUGGUCAACGUCUGCCUGGGCUCGCACAUCAACAAGAAGGCACGGCAGAAGCUCCUGGCCGCCAUCGACGACAUUGACCGGCCGAAGAGAUAGUCACACACCCCCACGAGCGCCC